CUUCAUGGAUAUAAUCACCAAACACUGAGGAGGAUAGCUUUCCUUUGAAAUCACAGUUAAAAAGAAAACAAGCAUCCAGAACUCAUGGUUUAUACUCUGGGAUUGUCUUCUAGGGCCAGCUUUCACCAAUGGAAGUAAAAUUUGUUUAUCCAGCACUCUGGGUUCACUGGAGUAACUGGCUUUCAUUCAGAGGGAACCUGACAGAUCUAUUUUGCUUUCAUUGAACCUCUCUUCCGCAUGUCAUAAAGAUUUCCUGGAUCCAGAAGCUGCACCGAAAACAGCUGAGCAGCACAGAAAUGUGACUCUGACAAGAUACUCCAAGCCUGUUGACAAGGAGUUUUCUACUGAUCAGUUUGUAAUUUAAACGUGUAAUUUAAACGUGAAGCAUGAAUAAUAGUUAACCUGGUAGUGGGAAAAAAAGCCUUCUCAUUAAUUAGUACUGCCAAAAAAAGCAGUCACCUGAAGGUUCAAAAUGAGUGCUCCAUUAAUUCCAAACAAGUCAUGUUACACUCAGCUUCAAGACAACCGCAGAGAGAUAAAAAAUAAUAAUGAAAGCAUAGCAAAUGUGGGGGAUACCAAUGCCAACCAAAUUGUGACAAAAGUUAGGACCACUGAAGGUGAUGCCAAGAAAUGUAGUUUGACAGAUGACAGUGGGAAUAUACAUCCUGGGGGAUCAGAAAAAGUUACUAAUCUGAGUACAGAGCAGAAUAAACUUCUGGCCUUUAAAGAGUCCCGGACCUGUGACACCAGCGUGCAGGAAAGUAAGCUCUCCCCUACCUCAUACAGGGAAAUGGAGAAAGAUAGGACCAAUGAAGCUAAGGAUAUAUCGAGGCAUAUCAGGAUCAGCCGAGGACAAAGUCUGUCCAAUUUGAAAAGCAGCACAAAUGAUGCCAACUUGGGAGUUAUUUCAAAAGGUAAUAUUGACUUUACCCAGAAUUUUUCUAAGGGUAAAAUGGCCAGGACUGUGGAGAUGGAGAGAAUAAAAAGGCUUUCUUUGGGAAGAGCGAGUAAGUUUUCUGCUCAAACGGAAACAUUUGCAAAAGAAUGUGUUGGCCGUGUGUCAUGUAAGCGUUUGCUUUCUGCAUCGUUGGAUUCCAUCGACAGGUCACACCAUUUGAUUGGAAGUAUGGAGAAAUCACAAAAAACACCCACAGAACAUUUUCUUGGGAUGGUGUUUCAUCCACUUGACAAUACCUCAGAGGAAAAUAUUGUGUUUUAUUCUCAACCAUCUACCUCAGGGAACAAGAAAAUAUCUAAACCAGAAAUCCAAAUGGAUGUGCAAAGCGUACCAAAUGUUAACACUGAAAGCACACAGCAAACUUCUCAUGCUGGUCUACAUUCAGCUAUUAAGCCCAAGGAGAUUGCUAGUAAAUCAGAAGCACAAUUAGGUCAGGGUGAUAAGAGUAAAAAACCGGAGGUGAAGACUGUACCAUCUCUUCAAUCUAAAAACAUAUGUCAACAAAAAAUUGAGAGAAUUAUGCUGGUAGAAUUUCUGGGAUGUCAAAAAGAGGAAAGUACAAUAACGCAAGAAAAGAAAGGGUCUGGAUCUGACACAUCAAAAUGUCAAGUGUCUCAUUUUCAAGACAUCUGUAAUAAAGUAGAGGAUCCAUUGUCAAGCCAGGUGGUCACCCACCCCGGUGACAAAUUGCUAAGUGAUAACAACGCCAUCCAUGUGGCAGGAGGAGGAGGCAAUGAGAGUGAUAGCAGGGUAACUAUUAGUGAGGAAUAUUUCGCUGACAAAAAAGUGGAAUCAGUAUUCCCUCUCACUUGUGACAGCAAAUCCAGUGGUGAAGAUACACUUAGAAAAAAUGAAAAUGUACGUGAAGUUGACACAGGUUGCACUGAAACCAUUGGUGAGCAAGUAUCUCUUAUACAUGACAUUAAUCUACAUGACAGCAAACCCUUGAAAGUUAAUGAGACUAAACUGAUACCAGUUAAAGGAAACAAUGAAGAUGCUGUGUCAGCUUCUGAUCUCUCAGAUCAGCCCAGAGAGCUGGGCACAGAAACGAUGUCAAAUGAACAGCAUAGCAACGAAGACAGUGAUGUGGAAACCUCGAGCUUUUCAGUUCAGAGCAAAAAGACAGCUAUUGCAAAGAAACACCUUUCAUACGAAGCACCAGAGAGUUAUAAGAGUCCAGCGAAGGCUGAUGCCUUUCUUUGUGUUCCAACUCCCUUGCGCCCAGUGGCAACUCUGAAUGUUAAUAAUCAGCCCGCGCUAUCAAACAGUAAUCUGAAGGACCUUUAUGCACUUCAUGUUGACAAACUGUCACCCUCCUCAGUCCUACCUCCCAUAGACAGCACGCAGUUGUUAAGCAUAUCCCCUAAAGUGCCUAUCAAGACUGCUUGCAGCAGUGCAAUCCCAAAACCUAUCCUGGUCCACUCCAAGGGCUCCCUUGUAGAUAAGGCAGAUGUGGACAGCGACUGCAGUGAAAAGCUGGAAGAAAGCAUCGAGAUGAAGCCUGCCAUACCCAAGCCCAAACACGUGAGACCUAAAAUCAUCACUUACAUUAGAAGAAACCCUCGUUCAAUAGACCAGCUUGACCCUUCGUUUGCCUCUGCGGGGCUGUCAUAUGGCACUCCAGCAUGUGGUAUGCCCGUCUCUAAGGAAGAAAAGGCGUCAAACGGAGGUGAUGUGAAGCCCCCCAGCAUCCUGUAUGACAAAUUUAAACCUGACCUCCAGAAGCCAAGGAUCUUCAGUUCUGGACUUGUGGUGUCAGGAAUUAGGCCCCCUGGCCACCACUUUGGUCCAAUGAGUGAAAAAUUUCUGCAGGAGGUUGGGGAAAGGCCCGUGAAAGAUGAAUUUUGUCCUCCACCAUAUGCUCACUAUGAGGUGCCACCGAGUUUUUAUCGAUCUGCCAUGAUACUUAAGCCACAGUUAGGACUGGGUGCAGUUUCAAGGUUACCAUCUGCAAAGAGCAGGAUUCUUAUUGCAAGUCAAAGAUCCUCAGGUAGCUGUCUCCAUCAGCCAGGAGAAAUGACAAGCGCACCCAGCCUCUAUCAUCCUGAUGCUUCAGUUGAUCUUAAAAAAGGCCCAUGUCCAAAUGGUGCAAAGUCAAAUCUCCCCAAGCCGUGUCAGUCUGGACUUCGUCCUCCUGGUUAUUCACGGUUGCCAGCAGCUAAGCUGGCAGCCUUUGGUUUUGUCAGGAGCUCAAGCGUAUCCUCUGUCUCAAGCAACCAGUCAAAUGACAGCGUUCAGAGCGAUCAAAGCAGGACAACCAACCGUACUGGAUGCACCUUAGAAAUCGCAGUAACUAAGUAAACAAAUUUAAACACUUACCAAGCCAUG